ACCGUGUGUUGUUCUGGGAGGACCAAUAGCACAUUGCCACCGGCGCCGCGUCUGGGGUUUGUUUACAUCCCACACCUGACACGCGGCUCAUGACACCCUCUCCCCAGCCCCCGCACAGCCUCAUAUACCACUAAGACAGACAGGUGUGGAGGAGCCAUCUAGAGCUGCUGGAUGGGCAAGUGAGGGCAGAGCAGGCCAGGUCACUGAGGAAGGGUCACCCGGAAGGGACGCGAGGUCACAGGCAUGAUGGGGAGGCCGCAGACAGCCAAGGCAAGCCCAGGCAUGUCUAGUCCGCUUGGGGUGAAGAGUUUACUGGUGUUUACGGUGCUGCUGCUGGCGUGGGUUGCCGGCUUCCUCUCCAGGCUGUUUGCUGUUAUACGCUUUGAGAGCAUCAUUCAUGAGUUUGACCCUUGGUUCAACUACAGGGCCACUGCACACAUGGUCAAAAAUGGGUACUACAACUUUCUCAACUGGUUCGACGAGAGGGCGUGGUAUCCCCUGGGCCGCAUUGUGGGGGGCACCGUCUACCCAGGCCUCAUGCUCACCUCGGGCAGCAUACACUACAUCCUCACUAUGCUCAACAUUCCCGUGCACAUUCGGGACAUCUGUGUUUUUUUAGCGCCAAUUUUUAGUGGCUUGACAGCGAUAGCCACGUACUUCCUCACCAAAGAAGUGUGGUCCCCUGGUGCGGGGCUGUUUGCUGCCUGCUUCAUUGCUGUGGUGCCUGGCUACAUCAGCCGCUCGGUGGCCGGCAGCUACGACAACGAGGGAAUUGCUAUCUUUGCCCUCAUGUUUACUUAUUACUUGUGGGUCAAGUCAGUGAAGACGGGCAGCCUGUUCUGGGCGGCGAUGGCUUCCCUCUCCUACUUCUACAUGGUGAGUGCCUGGGGCGGCUACGUCUACAUCAUCAACCUCAUCCCCCUGCACGUGUUUGCCCUGCUCCUGAUGGGCCGCUUCUCCCACCGUCUCUACACCGCCUACACCACCUUCUACAUCCUGGGCCUUAUAUGCUCCAUGCAGAUCCCCUUCGUCGGGUUCCAGCCCAUCCGUACCUCAGAACACAUGGCUGCUGCAGGAGUGUUUGCGCUGCUCAACGCGGUGGCUGUGCUCAAGUACCUGCAGAGCGUCAUGUCCCGUGCGGAGUUCAGGCACUUUUUCCUGGUGGCGGCGGGCACGGCGGCUGGCUUGGUGUUUCUGGUGGUGGUGGGCCUCACAUGGAUGGGAGUGGUGGCCCCCUGGAGUGGCAGGUUCUACUCGUUGUGGGACACGGGAUACGCCAAGAUCCACAUCCCCAUCAUUGCUUCGGUGUCAGAGCAUCAGCCCACCACUUGGUUCAGCUUCUUCUUUGACCUCCACAUCCUGGUGCCCACCUUCCCUGUUGGCCUGUGGUACUGCAUUAAGACUGUCAAUGAUGAGAGAGUGUUCAUUGUGCUGUUUGCAGUAAGUGCUGUGUACUUUGCUGGGGUAAUGGUUCGCCUCAUGCUGACCCUCACCCCUGUGGUCUGCGUGCUGGGCGGCAUCGUCUUCUCCAGGCUCUUUGAAGUAUUCCUCAAGGAGGAGGAACAGUCCCAGCCACGCACAGGGGACUCCAGUGACGAGGAGGAAGAUGGCGAGAAGAACAACAAGUAUGAUAAGGCUGGCAAGCUGAGGAAGAUGAAACAUGAACAGCAGUCGAGCAGCGAUGGGCUUGGUGUCAACAUUCGCAGCAUGGUGAUCGUCGCUGUGCUGAUGAUUCUGAUGAUGUUCUCCGUCCACUGUACCUGGGUCACCUCCAAUGCAUACUCCUCUCCCUCCAUUGUGCUUGCUUCUUAUGGCCAAGAUGGGAGCAGACAAAUCCUCGACGACUUCAGGGAGGCUUACUACUGGCUGGCACAGAACUCAGCAAGCGAUGCACGGGUCAUGUCAUGGUGGGACUACGGUUACCAGAUUGCAGGCAUGGCCAACCGAACCACACUAGUUGACAACAACACCUGGAAUAACUCUCACAUAGCGCUGGUGGGCAAGGCAAUGUCAUCCAACGAGACGGCUGCCUACCAGAUCAUGACGGCCCUGGAUGUUGACUACGUGCUGGUGAUCUUUGGGGGUGUUAUUGGCUACUCUGGCGACGACAUCAACAAGUUCCUGUGGAUGGUGCGCAUUGCUGAGGGAGAACACCCCAAGGACAUCAAGGAGAGCGACUACUUCACUGACCGUGGAGAGUUCCGAGUGGACUCCCAGGGCUCCUCCACGCUCCUCAACUGCCUCAUGUACAAGCUGUCCUACUACAGGUUCGGGGAGCUCAAGCUUGACUUCCGAACUCCCCCCGGCUUUGACCGCACCCGUAACGCUGUCAUCGGCAACAAGGACUUCAAGUUGACUUACCUGGAGGAAGCUUACACCACUGAACACUGGCUGGUCAGAAUCUACAGAGUGAAAAAGCCAGAUGAAUUUAAUCGCCCACGCAUCCCCAUCCCUCAAAGGAAGGUGAAGAGAAAGAAUGUCUACCUCACAAAGAAGGAUCCAUAUAGUGAUCAUGACACCACCAAGAGGAGGCGAGGAUCCAUUAAGAACCGGCCUGUGGUGGUGAAGGGGCAGCGGCCAAGGUCAAAGCUUACUUAGGAGCAGCGAGGAUUAGGGCAUAGUUAAUUGGUCUGUCUGGAUUCUCCUCUUUUUUUUCUCUCUUUUGCUCCUACUCUACCUCCUCUUCCUCUUUCUUCUUUCUUCUUACUGCAUUUUCCUUUCACUGUCUCUUUUCUUUUCUUUCUUAGGUCCUUAUUUUCUCCUUCAACACUAUUCUUCUUAUUUGUCUUCCUCCUCCUCCUUCUCCUCUUCAUAUUUUUCCUUCAUCAGUUGUUCUCUUUCCAUUUUCCUCCUCUCUUCAAAGCAUCUUGGUCACAGUUUCUCCUCCUCUUGCUCCAUGCUCUUGUUUUCCUUUCCAUCCUCCUCAAAAUCCUCUUAUCUGGUGUUUCUAUUCCUCCUCCUCCUUGUCCAACUCCCCUUAAUUUUUCUUUUCUUUUUUCAGUGUCCCCUCUCCACACUUUUCAAAUGCCUAGCUAUACUUUCACCCCCUCCUCCUCCUCCUCCUCCUCCUCCUCCUAGUAUCUAUGUCUGUCUGUAAUCUGCAUCUGAAUUACUUCCAGUUAGUUUCCUCACUGUCACGUACGUGUGUGUGAUCUUGGUGCCUGAAAGAUGGUGUACUUCCACAAGGCUUAAAAAGGCGUGUGAUGAUGCUUGUCUGUGUUUUCUUUCUGCCAGGUGGUGUUUAUGUUUGUCUUUUCCUGUGGGGUGUUUAUAAAGAGGUAUACAUUUACAGUGAAUAUUUAAAUAGCAAAAAUAAAUAAGUAAGUAGUAGUGCACUUGGGGGAUCUCAGAAUGGAGGAUGGUGUUUAAUUUCUUUGGGUUUUAGUAAAGGAGCCAGAUAUGAGAUAAGAGGCACUGUCCUUUAGAUAAUUCAGUCACUGGAGAUCCAUUGCAAGACACCGAGGCUUCCACAAUGUCCCAAGGGUGAAAUUAGCAGAGGGAGUUAGCUGGCUGGCCAAACCCUACGGCCUUGAGUCACCUCUCGCCUUAGCACAGGGGCAAGGAUCUUCUCUGGGACAGUAGUGAGGGUGUCCAGUGUCCAGUGUCCACCAACAUCUUGCCAUUUGAUUAAUUGUGUUUUCAUUUUGCUUUAUUCAGUUUGCCUUCCGGCCGUGUUAUCUGAUAAGCAAUAGGUUUUGGUUCUGUCAGUUUUCAGUCGGAGUAUUCGGGAACCUUGUUGUUUCCUUCCAGAUUACAAGGAGUGGUGCGGUUUUUUGUACGAAUGCUUGUGUUACCUUGUGUUGUGUUGCUUACUCAAGAUUUCAUGCUUGAAGAUGAUUUGUUUUGUUCUCUUGUGUUGUUUUUUUCAAGUGUGUGUGUGUGUGUGUGUGUGUGUGGGUGUGCAGGGCAGGGCUUGGCAGGGGUGGGCAGGGCACAGAGGGUGUGGGUACUGCUGCACCCUGCACCAUUGUUAAGCUUAGGCAGUAUUGGUUAUGGUCACUUCACUCAUUUAUAAAACAUUAUUCAUGAGUACUUCACUGAUGGCCAAGGCUUGUGUGAGGCACAGCCAAGACUCGUGACACACUGCCGAGGACUGCGACAAGGGCAGCAGCACGGUGCGAGACUAGCGGUGGAGCAGCAGACAGAGCGAGUCGCACAGAGAAGUUAGCCACGAACAUUCCUCCUUGCCCUUGUACAUAGCAGUGUGAGGUGUGUGUGUGUGUGUGCUGGGCUGUCAGUGAUGUGUUGCGGCCGCCAUCAUGUGUGUUGCACGUCACCUUAGAGUGUCAGCAAGACUCCAUUUUUCAUCAUUCUGCUUUUUUUUGACUUUUUCUGUAUAUUGUUGAUGAGGAAAUGACUCACCCGUGUUUAUAAUUGUUUUAAAUAUGUAUAUUGUGAUGAGGUUUAGUGGAAUACAAAUACAUAUGGUUGAAUGUUUUUGUUUAAUGGCAAGAGCCAACUGCCACCUCUGGCCUCGGAAACACUGAUGAAGUCCGGGAAAGCUGGAAGAAUACACCCAAUUUUUUAAUGCAGGAAUAUUGUCACCCUUUUAUUUUUAUGCAGUUUAUGUCAUUCAUAACUAUCAAGUGCAUUAAUUUCCAAACAAAUGAAGAUGAUGAUGUUGAGAAAACACUGAAGACAUGUGCAAUCUUUCCAUACAGUUAAAUACAGAAAAAAAAUAUAUAUAUGCAGACUUCCAUGCAGUUCAAGAUGACGUCCUUUAAAACUGUCAAGUGCAUCCAGUUUCCCAAGCAGAUGAAGAUGAUGAUGAUGAUGAUGAUGUCCAGAAAGAAAAAAGAAAAAGAAAAAAUAUAUAUGCACUUUCCAUACAGUUGAUGUCCAGAAAAUAAUUAUAAAAGGAUGCAAAUUUUUUCCAUGCAGUUAUGCAGUCUGACAUAAACCUUUGGAAUUAUUGCAAAA